AUGCCGGAGUCCCGAGCGCAGGGCGGCGCGAGCGAAGGGCGCGCGCGCGCGAGGGACGCGGAGCCUCGCCCGCUGACUGGCGGCUCGGUGGAGGACUACAUUGUGGGCAAGCAGGUCGGGCAGGGUGCCUAUGCAACGGUUUGCUUCGGCCUCCACAAAGAGACGAACCGGAAGGUAGCUAUCAAGAUAUACGACAAGUAUAAGCUGAUGGACCCCCAGCGCCGCAAGAGCGUGCGGAGCGAGAUCCACCUGAUGGAGCGCAUGAGGCAUCCAAACAUCGUAAUCUUCCACGAGGCCUUGGACACUCCCAAGCAGAUCUUCCUCGUCAUGGAGUUCGUCGGGGGCGGCUCCCUGCACCACUUCCUUAAGAAGCGCCCCGGCCGCCGCCUGGACGACCAGCUGGCCAAGAGGAUAUUCUUCCAGGUCUGCCAGGGCAUCCGCUACAUGCACGAGCGGAACAUCGUCCACCGAGACGUCAAGCUCGAGAACCUGCUCCUCGACGAGCAGGGCGUGGUGAAGAUCAUCGACUUUGGCUUCUCCACCGAGGUGUGCCGUCAUGGCUCCUAG